AUACCUUUUAACUUCUAGUGGGCUGUUUUUCCUGUAGAAAUAUGUGUCAUGUCUGGUUUGGUGGACUUAGCAGUAUAUAAAUAUUUACCAUUUAAAUUGUAAUUGCAGUUAUUUUAUUGUAGUUUAUCUCUCUUUCUGGAUUUUGUAAUAUAUACUUUAUAUAGUUAUUGUUAUCCGUCCAAAUAAUAUGUGGAAAUUACGGGAAAUCACAGAUAAAGUCACCAAUGUGGUGAUGAAUUAUACAGAAGUUGAAGCUAAAGUCCGAGAAGCCACUAAUGAUGACGCAUGGGGACCUACGGGACAGUUAAUGCAAGAAGUAGCACAGAGUACCUUUACCUAUGAACACUUUCCUGAAGUUAUGGGCAUGCUUUGGAAACGAAUGUUGCAUGAUAAAAGAAACUGGCGUCGUAUAUACAAGUCUUUGCUGUUAUUAGGUUAUUUAGUUAAAAAUGGGUCUGAGCGUGUGGUCACUAGUGCUAGAGAACAUAUUUAUGAUUUACGAAGUCUCGAAAAUUACAGUCACAUUGAUGAAUUUGGAAGAGAUCAAGGAAUAAAUGUUCGUCAAAGAGUGAGGGAUCUUAUAGAGUUUAUACAAGAUGAUGAUAAAUUAAGAGAGGAGAGGAAAAAGGCAAAGAAAGCCAAAGAUAAAUAUAUUGGAAUGUCUUCAAACUCAAUGGGAAUUGGCAGUGGAAAAUCUAGUAAUAAAUUUGAUGAUGAAUUUCAUGAUGGAUUUAAAUCUAGACUUCCUCGAUUUGAUCUUGGGAAGGGUCGAAGCUUUGAAGAUUCUCCUGACCAAAGUAAUGAUGAAGAUCGUAAGUCUGAAAGCGACGAUAAACCAGACUAUAAAGAUGAGGAUGCAGAGUCCCAAGGAGAAAAAACAUUUCAGAAAGUCACUCGAGCUGAUAAUAAAAGUGCUCCUAAAAGUAAUCGCAAGAUAGAUUUAGGGGCUGCUGCAAAUUUCGGUAAAGAUCAUAGCUCAAAUAAUUCCUCACCUGUGAAGCAAGUGUCACUGAUCGAUACUUCUCCUAAAAAAGAAGCUGGCGGCGAUGAAGAAGAUUUGUUUGCUAGUAUUUCAAGUAUUUCAGUUUCUUCCCUUACGAAUAAUGGAUUAGAUUCUGCAAAUGGUGACUUUGCCGAUUUCUCGAGUUUCAAAAGUGCAGCCGAUUCGAAGCAAGAGGAUUUUGCAGACUUUGUGUUUAAUUCCACUUCUACCACAAAUUCAGGCAGUGAAUCUUUGAACUUUUUGGAUACAAGUGUUGUUACGACUCCUACACCCGCAUUCCAGUCUUUGCCAACUGCUGGUCUUCCACCUAUACAGCCAGUGGGUGCUUCUGUUAUGUCACCCCCUCUUACUCCACUUAGUGCCUCACAAUCCCCUAUGAUGUCUCCUGUUUACCAGCCUGUCCUUGGUGCUCCUAUGGGUAUGAUGCCCACUUCCCCCCUUAGUAGUAAUAUACCUAACCCAAUGAUGAUGCAACCACAGUUGACGAACUUACCACCCACCAAUAUCAUGUAUCCUAUGGGGUACAUAGGUGGCAAUAUGUUCUCACAACCAAAUGAUUUCUUUUGGCCUUCCUCCUUACCCAUAAUAUCCACAUCAUCAACUGUGCCUAACCAUUCCUCUAUUCAAGAUUUGAGGUCAUCUAGGAAUACAUGGAGUGAUGCUUUAGGAACUGUUAAUAUCAAUGUAGAUAACUUAGCUCCAGCAAGUAAAUAUGACAAGCAACCAGCUCCUAGUAUGAAUCAACUUGCAGGUUCUAACAUGAAUGCAUUAAACAUGAACAAUAUUGCUAUGGGGAUGCAACAUAUGACACUUAAUCAACCUCUUAUUGGUUCGGCUGUACCCACUGUUAUGAGUCCUGUGACGAGCAACGUGAUGGGAGGUCUAACAUCGCCACCUGGUGUAGCAUUUCAAAGAUCAAUGUUUAAUAGCCCCGGAAAUCUUGGUACAUAAAACUGCUCAGCAAUUGAUGAAGCAUCUUAGUUUUCCCAAAGGAACCGUUCCAGGAAUGCAUUGCUAACUGUUAGUGGCAUUUCUAAGAAAUCUUAACAUACAUGAACUUGUUUGAAAUUAACUCAAAAUAAAAAGAUGCUAAUCACUAUUCAGUCAUUUUAAUUGAAUAAAAAGAAAUGUGUUGUGUUUUUAAAAAAAAAGUGUGUGAAUGGAGCGGUGUAUCGGCAUGGAUACAAAGAAGCUUUUUACCUAGGUCACUUAUUUGGAAGAAUGGACUCAAAAUCUUUGUUGUGUUACGUUAAGAUUAACAGUGCACCGUCUGUCUUUCUGUUGUUGAUUCAUAAUCAUUUUUUUUAUUGAAGUUUUAUUUUGUCAUCUGAUAAAGAUUUAAUCGAGAAGUAGAGGAAGAAUGGAUGUUAUUUAGAGUGUUUGUUUUAAAUUGUGGGCUUCAGUUUACUCCUGAGUUUCCGACACUGUUAUACAACUACUGACAUUGCAAUAUUUAUGUUGGAUUUCUUUUAAUAAAAGAUAGAUGAAAAGAUAUAGUUUAUUCCCCUUGUUUUCUCACACAUGGACUUUCUAUAUCUUGCAUCAAAUCCUCUAAAUUGCAAUUUUCAGUCAUGAGAAAAUAAAGUACGCAUGGUUUGUAAAUCAUAUGAUUACAGUUCAUAAUAUUAUAUUAAACAAAAACUAGUCAUGUGCACUUGAGAUUCUCAAAUAACAUGAUGUAGCAUUGGAAAAGUAAUCAAUUUAAACGUUAUCAUUCUUGUUAGUUUACAAUGACCUUUGUUAUACUAUAGUUUUUUUUCCCCUCUGCAUUCCUCAUUUAAUAAGAUAUGCCGUAUUAUUUUGUGAUAGUAGCUAUUUAGUUUUAAUCUUUGUACAUUUUAUUCCUGUUAUGUACUUAAUUCAAAAAUUAUAAUGCUAACCCAAUUUUCCAACCUUUAAGUGAGUGUGGGAUAUUCAGGAGUUUAUUGUAAAUGUUUUGUGUGUCGUGCAUAUGCUUAUUAUAUUUUCAUAAUAUCUAUUCUAUUUUGUAACGAAGGUUGUUUAAGACUGUGCGAACUAACUUUUACUAUAAUCAGAAAGUCAUAUGUUUCCUUCCUAUGUUAAGUUUUUUAUUUGUGAAGAAUAAAUUUGUCUAAAAUAUCAGGAAGAUGAUGAUUUGUCUUUUAAAGUUGUGCUUUAGUAUGUAUAAAUUUUUUUUAACUAUGAGAAGAGAAAGUCUUGGCAUUAGAAUUUAAUUAAUUUUUUUCCUAAGUAUAAUAAGUAUUAAUAAUCGAGUUUCAGCAAGUUCUCUUAUGUUUUUAAUAAAUAAAUAUUAAUUGAAAGAAGUUUUCUACUUUUAUAGAUUAGAACUUUUGAUAAUUGUUUUCUUAAAACUGUUUCCUCCUAGCAUAAUCUGCCUUAUAAGGAAUAAUUUUUUUUUUGUACACUAGCGAUGCGCCAGGUUCAGAAUUUUGUUUGUUGCAUAACUACAAUACCUAUUUGUUUAUACAAUCUUUAUAUUGUUACAUAUUUAUUGCAUUAACCAGUCUGUUUUAUGAUUGGCUAACCUAUGAUUGGAUAAGUUGUUUUAAGAUUACAUCUAUGAAUAAUUUUAUGGAUGUAAUUAUAAUAAUUUAACAAUUAAUUUAUUAAAAUUUGUAUGGAAAGCAAGAGAUUGUGUAAAUUCCUUAUCAGACAAAGUUGCAUUUGAUUUUUAAUUGUCAUUUUUUGCAUGCAUUUGUAUACAUGCAGUCAAACCUCGAUUUAAUGAACUGAGAGUCUUUUAUCUUUUAAUUCGGAGUUAUUUAUAGUAUCGAGACCCCCAAAAAUUUUUGUUUGCACUUACCUAACGGACCAAUCUAAGAACUACACGGAAUUGUUUGUUAUUAGAAAGUUUGUGUAUUCACUUUUUAUUCAACAGUUAAAAAUGCAAGGGACUUCGGGACUGCCUUAAAAUGAUGGGACUUGCACUAGUUAAUACCACUUGUGUUAUCGAAAAUCCCAUGUUCGGAUAGUAUUUUUCAUUUGCAUUUUUUAAAACUUAAUCCCAACAUUACCUCACAAAGUAUUAGAGAAUUUAAAAUAUUGGCUUUGUUUAUUUUUUCUGUAAUCUUGUCCGAGGAGGCUAUUAUUUUCCUUGUGAACAACUUUAUGCUAUCAACGUUCACAGAACAGAUUAUUCUAAGGUUUAGUGGCUGAUGUAUUAGAGAAUGUCAUUAAAAAUACCAAAAAUCUUUCUGGUUUUUAAAAUUUUGUAAAUUAGAGGUUUUUUAUUCAUCAGAUUGGGUUUUAUGUCUUUAUUUUAAUUGGGAUUUUACAAAAAAAAAUGUUCAAAUCUAGAUAUUUCGUAAAUAGGGGUUGAUUAAAUCAGGGCUGUCUGGGAAAUAUAUUAAAAGCUCGGGAAAUAUAAUUAUUUCAAACUGUCUGAGACAAAGUUGCUGUUGAUUUACUUUCUGUGCACCUUCAAAUGAGUGUACAUUUUUUGCAUGCAUUUUCCACUCUCCUGAAUGAUUGUGUUUUCUGUUAUUCUUAAACUAUUUUGAGAAGGAAAAUAUCUACAGACCAUUCAUUUUUAAAACUGAAGUGCUAUUUCAUAUUUCUUGUUUAAUUCACAUAUUUAUUUAUGCAGACAAAAUAUUGUAUUUAUUAUCCAAUUGUUAUAUUAGGUAUCACUAGAGUUUCAAAUUUAAAGUGAAUUGUUGCUGCCAUUUCAGUGCAAUUGAAAAUUGUUAUUUUGCAAUCCAUUUCAAAGUUUUACUCAUGAGUAGCUGAAUUAAAAUUUGUUGAGUGUGUUUCAUUAUAAGAAUGGCAGCAUUUAUAUGUGAUGUUUUUAAAAAUUUGUAGACAUAUAUUUUUAAGUUUCUUUCAUUUCUUUAAAAGUUGUAUUUAAGCUAACAGAAGGAGAAAAAUGCCUUUAAAAUAAUUUGCAAUUUAUUGUGAGAGUUAUCAACAAUGUAAUUACAAGUUUUUUUUUAAUGCAUGUUUGUCUACAUUAUAAUCCAUAUUCAUUUGCAUUAUUAUGAAAAAUACGCAUAUGUACGAUGAAAGACAUUUUUAUCAUAAAUAUGCAUAUUUCAUUAUUUGCUAUGAACUGUUUAUCAGUGUACUGACAUAUUUAUAUGGAGACAAUAAAUUAAACUUUUAAAUUAGUAUGGAAUCUACAAAGUUUAGUGUGUGGUUAAUGGAAUAUGUACCCAUUUUAUUUAUUUUUAAAGUAAUUUGUGAAAAAUAGGAAAUUCAAUAUGUAAUGUAUACUUUUCUACUUAUUCUGAUAAUUUUUAUGUUUUAUGUCUUUCAAGCAUGACUGUAGCUAUAGUUUGUUAUGUUUGUACUUAUGAAAAUGAUUAACUGUUGCUUAUACUUUGCUUAUUUGGUCUUCAGGGUCAUUACUAAUAUAAAUAUGGAUGUAUAGAAAUAAAAAUUGUACAGAUUUGUUA